AAAACAAACGGAAUUUACACCAAGGUCAGAGUCGAUAGCGACCAGCAGCGGUGGAUUACUCUCCAUUCGUAUUUAAUUUAAAAAAAGCCAGAGAUUAUGUAGAGUCGCGUAUAGGAAAAGCGCUCAGUAAGUGAGGUUAGGCGUUGAGGCGAAGGCACAGAAUUUAGCGUUCUAGCACAGAUAACAUAUAACUAGUGGUUCUAGGUUCUAUCGUUGAUUGAAGAAAUUCUUUCAAUCAACGGUUCUAUUUUAUGGCGAAGGCGCGCGUUGGUAUGGGCCCACUGAUUGGAGCGAUCGACGAGGGCACGUCCAGUGCCAGAUUCAUUCUGUUCAGGGCCGGUACUACGGAAGUUGUAGCAUCACAUCAGCAAUCUCUGGCUCAGAUUUUUCCCCAAGAAGGAUGGGUGGAACAGGAUCCUAUGGCUAUUAUGGAAGUAGUCACAAUCUGUAUAGAAAAGACAAUUGAUAAACUUAUUGCUUUGGGAGGAAGCGUCAAUGAUAUCAGUGCAGUAGGUGUCACAAAUCAACGGGAGUCAACUAUAGUUUGGGAAAGAUCAACUGGAAAACCACUCUACAACUCCAUAGUAUGGUUGGAUGUUAGAACGUCAAGCACAGUGGACCAACUAUUGGACAAGGUACCCAAUAAAACAAAAAAUAAAAACUACCUUAAACCGCUUUGUGGUUUGCCAUUAUCGCCAUAUUUUAGCGCAGUUAAGGUAAAAUGGUUGAUGGAUAAUGUACCAAGGGUCAAAAAGGCUAUUGCUGCGAAUGAUUGCAUGUUUGGAACCGUUGAUUCGUGGAUAAUAUGGAAUCUUACUGGAGGGAUUAAUGGUGGUCUGCAUAUCACGGACGUCACAAACGCUUCGAAGAUGCUAAUGAACAUCGACACUUUGAAAUGGGAUCCAGUUCUUUUAAAUUUCUUCGGAAUUUCCAGCGGUAUAUUACCCAAAAUUAAGUCAAGUUCUGAGAUAUAUGGAAAUGUUACAGUUGGCUCCCUGAACGGAGUUCCCAUAGCUGGAUGCGUGGGCGAUCAACAAAGCGCCUUGUUGGGCCAACAGUGCUUACAAAGGGGAGAGGCAAAAGCUACUUAUGGCACAGGCUGUUUUCUAUUGUAUAACACUGGAACAGUAAAAAUUAACAGUUCACAUGGAUUAAUAACUACAGUUGCCUAUCAACUGGGACCAAAAAGUCAAGCCAUUUAUGCAUUGGAAGGAUCGGUGGCAAUAGCAGGAGCAGCUUUGAAUUGGUUGAGAGAUAAUUUGAAUAUACUUCCGAGUUUUGGAGAAGCCCAAACAAUUGCCGAGCAAGCUAAUGUAGAAUCUGGAGAAGUUUACUUCGUUCCGGCAUUUAGUGGUCUCUAUGCUCCUUACUGGCAACAAGAAGCCAGAGGGGUUAUUGUUGGUAUAACAGAAGAGACAGACGCAUCUCAUAUCGUUAGAGCUACUUUAGAAGCUGUGUCUUAUCAAACGAGGGACAUAUUGGAAGCAAUGAACAAGGAUUAUGGGUCUCAUCUGAAUGUUUUGAAGGUAGACGGAGGAAUGACUGCUAAUUCAUUGCUAAUGCAAAUGCAAGCCGAUUUAGCCGGUGUCACGGUAGCCAAACCAUCAAUGGCUGAAAGUACCGCAUUGGGAGCUGCUAUGGUAGCGGGUGCUGCAGUUGGGCUAUGGGACCUGAGCAAUCCCAUGAGCAUACCCAUCGAUAAAUGGUCGCCACAACUGUCAGAAGAUGAGAGAGAUAUGAAAUACUCCAAGUGGAAGUUGGCUGUGGAGAAUGCAAUGGGAUGGGACGUACUUUGAUUUUAAUUUAUAAUUGUUGUAUUAAGAAGUUAUUUUUUUCUGUAUUAAAAUAAGUAUAGAUGUAUGUAUUAAAGUACAAUCAAUGCAAUUUAUGAAUGCAAUAAUGAUAUUUAAAUUGAAUUGUUAAAUAUAUUGUAUUUUUCAAACGU